UCAACGCUGUAGAUCAGGGAAAGCAUAGAUCAGGGAAAGCAGAGAUCAGGGAAAGCAUAGAUCAGGGAAAGCAUAGAUCAGGGAAAGCAUAGGUCAGGGAAAUUAGCUGAGCUUUAUGUGUCCAGAAGGAAAGCAGCGGCUAACGCAGAUCCGUACAGACAGAUUAGAUGCGUGUCAGAAGAAGUUUCCGCCGUGCGUGUGAAUUCGCGUUAGAAGGCUGAAGUUCUGAUCUACCGUUUAGACACGUGUGAAACAAACUGCAAGUCCCAAUCGUUCGUUUAGUCGUGGCAGAAAAAUCUGCCACGAGGUAUUACUUUAUGGAUAGUUCUGUGAAGCAGCAGGCUUGAGGUGCCAGAUCAGCAUUGAUCUCGAGUAGGCGACUACUCGUUUUGUAGACUGAACUGAACAUCCAGCUUUCGACUUCAGCAUUCCCUUAUAAUCAACUACUCCUUGUGUUUAUUCGGCAUCCAUGGCGGCGUUGCUGCACGCGGUCUGGGCGAGGUAUCUGGACUCGCUCAAGCACCGACCUGUCGUCACCAAGGCACUCACGUCGGCGUCGCUAGCGGCAGCGAGCGACCUGAUGGCGCAGCGACUGGCGUCAAGAGGCAAACCGGUGGAGCUCCGGCGGACGAUGCUCAUGUGGCUAUUCGGGCUGCUGUACAUGGGUCCAUCAGCGCACAUGGUGCACCGCCUGCUUGAUGCCAUCUUCGCCGCCAAGAGAGACACCAAGACUGCUCUGAAAAAGGUGCUGUUGGAGCAGCUGACGUACGGCCCGUGCUGCAAUGUGGUGGCCAUUCUCUGGAUUUCCUAUGCGGUGGAGCGACGCUCAUGGAAGGCAUCCAAGAGAAGGCUCUUUGCAGCGUACCCCGGGAUCCAGAUCAACGGAUGGAAGGUGUGGCCUCUUGUGGCACUGAUUAACUACAAGUUCAUCCCAUUCAACCUCCGAGUGCUCUUCUCCAACGUUGUUGCCAUUUUCUGGUCGACUUUCCUCAUUCUAAAAGCACGAGGAAUUAAGGACAAGCAUAGUCUGGAUUAGCUCUUGGAUCCUGCAUCAUUUAUGUAAAUAGAACAUGUACAGCAUAUGAAAGUUCAAUACCUACGUAUUGUGAAAGCUUGCUUGUGAAAUCUUGGCAAAG